UAUGUUGACGUAACAGCCCCGAUGCUUAAGCCGUCAUCACGCAAAAACCCGGAAGUGAUCUGUUUGCUGUCAAUGCCAACUGCAGAGAAGGAAGCACCGAGAGCUAGAAGCCCGCAUUUAAGACGAAAUGGCAGGACUGCCCCGCAGGAUUAUUAAGGAAACCCAGCGCUUGCUUGCAGAGCCCGUGCCAGGCAUCAAGGCAGAGCCGGAUGAAGGCAACGCGCGCUACUUUCACGUAGUCAUUGCUGGACCUCAGGAUUCACCGUUUGAGGGAGGCACGUUUAAACUUGAACUCUUUUUACCCGAGGAAUAUCCCAUGGCAGCUCCUAAAGUACGUUUCAUGACCAAAAUAUAUCAUCCUAAUGUGGACAAGUUGGGAAGAAUAUGUCUGGACAUUUUGAAAGAUAAAUGGUCACCAGCCCUGCAGAUUCGAACAGUGCUGCUAUCUAUCCAGGCUUUGCUAAGCGCACCCAAUCCUGACGAUCCCUUAGCGAAUGAUGUGGCCGAGAAGUGGAAGUCCAACGAAGCUGAAGCCAUUGAAACAGCCAAGACAUGGACCAGGCUUUAUGCUGGAAACAAAAAUGAAGUGUAAAGCAGCCUCAUCGGUUGAGAUACAAGUGAAAGUCAAGUGAACACAACUCAUGUGCUGCCAAGACCUCUUCUGGCUUCAUUUGCAUUUAAAGGACACAGUCUUUUAUUUUUUAUAUAUAAAUAUAUAUGUGAAAACAACUGCUGAUAUUCUGUGAUUUCAAUGCACACUAGUACUGAAUGACUUGUCUUUGUCCUAACUCACUACUAUUCAAAUGCAUGGGCAGAGGUUUUAGAUCUACUCACCUAAUGGGAGGAAGGGGUGUGUUUAGCGUCCUGUAUAUCUGGGGAGGGUUUGGCUUUGGUGGGGAAGGCGACGCAGCGGUCUGAGUGGGGAUGAGAUGCCGGCUAGAUGUGGCACAUGAUGUACCUUUUUUAUGUUUCUUUUAAUUUUAUUUUAUUGUGUUGCUGUUUGUUUGAUAAAAGCAUAUAACUACAACUACUAGCCCACUGUAUACAUGUGCGUAGCGAAUUUUAUCCUGUGUAGAUCUCCGCUUUAGGUGCCAUCUGGUUUCAUUAGCUGCACUGUAAUAAGACUAAAAACCAAACUGAGCCUGCCACUGUCCUUUCAACCCUCUGUGUUAACCUGGAUGUCCUGUAAGCCUCUGGAUGGUGAGACUUUGAGAGUGAUGGAGUUUGUGUACCUUUCCUUAAUUUUCAGACAUGCAGUGAUCUAUCACAGUACUCUUUUUUUUUGGAAAUUUUCCCACUCUUCCUCUACUAACUACUCUUACUUUUUCUUCCUUUUAUGGGUCUACAAGGCCCAAUUGUUUCCCCGCUCCCAUUAAUAUUUAUUCCACAAAGGAGUGGUUACACUUGAGCCAUAAGACGUCCUGCGAUGUGAUGGAACCAGGUUUUGGGAUAGGAACUUCCUGGGUAGUGUUGAGACGGUGGACUGUCCAUGGAUCAAACUCAAACAGAUCAGUGACAGCUCUGACUCCAAACUGUUGUGAUUGGUCUCUGUUCAUUUCGAUGUGUAAAUUAAUUCUUCAUAACUCCGAAGAGGAGGUGGUUUGCUGCUCAGAAUGCUAUAAAACUGUUCACCUGUAUACUUUUAUGUUCUGUAAAUAAACUGUUGAUUAAUAAAAA